GUAAGUAAUAAGGAUAACAUGGGCUUGUGUGCUGGGACUGACACAAAGAGGCCCGCGUAGUAGGGUGAUAAACAAGCACAUUUCCCUUAACCCACUUGAACUCUAACCCCAGUUUGGGGACACUAAGAGAAAAGACAGUAUGGCGUAUCUCCAUCCCCCUCCUCCCUCCUCCCUCCUCCCUCCCCAACCCCAACUUUUUUCUUUCUUUUUUUUCUUUUAUGAUCAUUUUAUCUCUUUCCUUCUCUCUCUCAAACCCUAUUAAUAUCAACCCUUUAGCCCACUUCUCUCCCAUGCACUUGUCUCCCUCUUUCCUUCCCCUCUACCUUCUGCCCUCCUCCCCUUAUCUGAUCUCUCUCCAUAACUUGUCUCAAAAAACACUUGCUCCUUUUUUAUAUAAGUAGAGUUACUGCCUCUCUCUCUCUCUCUCUCUCUCUCUCUCUCUCUCUCUCUAUCUCAUUAUAUCUCAUUCUCAUAAGUUCAUAACCCAUCAGUUUCUCUCUUUACUUCUCUGACAUACUAUCUAGCUCUCAUUUGUCUUUCCCCUCAUUCUAUUCUAGUAUUCUCAGUCAAUUCAAGUUCCUUCUUCUGACACACCUCAAGCUCCAGUUAAUUAACAAUGUCAAGCAGAAGAUCCUCUCGUUCUCGGCAGUCGGGUACGUCCAGGAAUAUCAGCGAUGAACAGAUCACUGAUCUCGUAUCCAAGUUACAGCAGCUUCUUCCUGAGAUUCGCAAUAGGCGCUCCGACAAGGUCUCAGCGUCCAAGGUCCUCCAGGAGACUUGCAACUAUAUCAGAAACUUGCACAGAGAGGUGGAUGACCUAAGUGACCGGUUAUCGGAGCUUUUGGCUUCAACGGACAUGGACAGCGACCAAGCAGCCAUUAUUAGGAGCUUACUUAUGUGAUACUUUUGGAGCUUCCUAAUUAAUCAAGUUCAGUAGUUAUUAAUAUUAUAUUAUUCUCUUUUUGUCAUGAGCCUUUGAUCUUUCUGCCUAGCUACCUACCUAGCUAGGGUUUGCUCAUUAGGCCAGAAGAAAGACUAUAUAUAUAUAUAUAUAUAUAUAUAUAUAUAUAUUUAUAUUUUAUAUAUGUUGCUAGUUUGGAGUUACUCUCCAUGUCGAUCGAUGGUAUUGCUUUUACAGCGACUUGCACUUGUAGCACGUAAUUAACUUAUAUAAUAAUAAAAUGAACUUUUAGUGAGUUCUAAUUCUAUUUU